AUGGUCGCUGCAGUCCUACUUGCUCUGGCCACAUAUGCGGGCAUAGCGUCCGCUUGGAAAGUACACGACAACGCUCCCUUUGGAAAUGGCGGUAACCCUCCUGGGUAUGCAGUUGCGGCUUCAGUCGAGUCUUCACCAUCGGCAACCGGUCCCUCAACCACCCCAUCCACCGCGGCCAACAGCUCUUCAGCUCUCAACUUUGGACCGAUCAACUUUGCUGGAUACAACAACUAUGUCUACCGCGACGACAUUACUGCGGCACAGAUUGUCGUCUCAGACACAACUGCCUCAAAGCCCGUCCGGUUUAUCACAGCUUUCCCGAACGGUAACACGGGUGCCCUCGUCUAUUUUGUUCCUGCGGAUAACCAAACCUUGGGGGCAGAACUUAAUGCUGCGACGGUUACCAGCGUCCGCCAAGAAUUCAACCAAAGUGGUAUCACUGGUCAGCUGUCGCUUAACGGUGAUGCGACGUUUGGUGUUACUCUGAUCGGGGGUGUCCGUACUCUCCGCGACUAUGUCGAGUCGGGUGGCACCGUCUUCCACUCGAUCUUCAACUACACCCUUGGUCCAUACAAUGACAGCAGUGUCACCCUUGUCCGUCACUGGAUCAACGGCACUACCGUGCAGUACUUCUCAUUCUCCGCCAUCGACAACUGUGCCAUCACUGUCACCCCCAAUGAGAAUGUCACCAUCCCACCCGAGAUCAUAAUCAAGCGCAAUGACUCUUCUCAAAACGCCACUGUUUCGUUCACCUCUAUUUUCAACUUUACCGGCACCACUCCAGCUACCACCCAUGUCCCUCUUGAGGGUCUCAGCGCUGACUCGCUCUUCCUUCCUACAACCAACAGCACGGGCGGGACAGCCACUACGAGCUCCAACUUGGACUUGGUCCUGAACGCUAUCCGGACCAGUGCCGGUACCAUCACGGAGCAGCUCGCUUUCCUCUCUUACGAGUCCGAAUCGCUUGCCGGUGGUUGGCGAUUCCUUACCUACUUCGGACGUGACACUCUCCUUGCUCUCCGGCUCCUCAUCUCCGUCUUCUCUCCCGAGGCCUCUGAGGCAAUCCUUGCCGCCGUGAUCCAGCGUACCAACGCGACCAGUGGCGAGCUGUGCCACGAGGAGACCAUUGGCGACUAUGCGUCGUUUGUCAACGGCAAUGCGGGCCUCUACGCGUCGGGCAACGAGGCCUCUUACGCUUACAGCAUGGUUGACACCGACUUCCUCCUCCUGCCCACCCUUGCCGACUACUUCCAGCAACACCCAGACCGCGCAAGCUCGUUCCUGCAGCGCAACUCGACUCUUGUUCCGGGCACCUUCAUCGAGCUUCUCGAAGCCAACAUCAACCACGUCCUCAACCUCUCGGCCGCAUUCACUGCCAACCCGUCCGUCGCCAACCUCGUCGAUCUCCGCUCCUACCCGGUCGGUGACUGGCGUGACUCAAACGCGGGUUUGGGAUGGGGUCAUUACGCGUUUGAUGUUAACUGCGCGCUUGUCCCGGCUGCUCUUAGGGCUAUCGGCCAGCUCGCGGCCGAUGGUCACAUCCCGUCGACUUAUGCCAAUGCCUCGUCCGCCGCACAGGUUUGGGAGGCCAAGGCGUGCGACAUGUUCGCUGUCACCAUCGCACCCGAUGUGGCCGCCGCUUCGCUUGACAACUACGUCACCGUAGCCAACCUCUCCACCUCGCAGCUGUACGGCGGCGGCAGCCUGAACGGCUCCACAAACGCCACUGCUCUCGGCUGGUCCGACCCGUCCCAGACCAUCGGCCUGGGCUCAAACUCAUCGACCUUUUACGCGCUCUCGCUCCUCGCCAACGGAUCGGCAGUGGAAGUCCUGCACUCAGACCUGGGCUUUGCUCUCCUGUAUGGCGUGGACCUGUCCCCCUCCCUCAUGUGGGCUGUCGUCCAGGCACUCCAGCCCUACCCGCGCGGUCUGCUCACCAAUGUGGGCAUGGUCGUCGCCAACGCCGCGUACGACAACAACCGGACCGCCAUCGACACGUUUAGCAACCUUGCCUACCAUGGCGCCGUGUCCUGGAGCUGGCAGCAGGGCCUGAUGGCCGAGGGUAUCAGCAAGCAGCUGGGUCUCUGCGGUCUCUCGCCUUCCACCCAGCUUGUGGCCUCCAACUCGUCAGCCAACGCCACCAACCCCGCGUGGUGCGCAGACACCACUCUCACCUCGGCCCUCGAGCAAGCACAGGCCCGUCUCUGGGCCUCGAUCGAGGGCUCCGCCUCCGAGCUGUACACUGAAGUCUGGUCGCCCGUGUUCGCCAAUGCCACGGGCACGUUUACCGUCGGCGACCUCGGCGCACUCUCCCCCGAGGGCACCGAGGGCGAUGCUGUCCAGCUGUGGAGCUAUGGCUUCCUCGCCAUGAUUGAUCCCCGGACUGGAAAGCCCGUUGCGGAGGGGUUCGGGACGUCGGCCACUAACGCGACCGGACAAUGA